AUGAUGACUGCCAUGGGAAGGACGGCAGAAAGAAAAUGUACGCCCGCGCCGAACACAGAAACAGACAUGAAAGGACAGUACACCGGAAAACAGCAAAUCCGCUGUACAGGUGCUGGGUCAGAGGCUGUCGUAGUAAGAGCUUCACACGAGCGGACAAUUUGA